CGGGACCCCGGCUGCUGCACAGCGGCUCCUCCAGGCUUCGGGCCCGGAGCCUGCGCCGCAGGCGGUGGUGGCGCCCCGAACCGGGAGCGCUCUGCGCUGGUUCACCACCGCGGUCCUGUAUGCCACCUUCCUGGGGCUGAGAGAUUUCCUUCUCAAAGACCUGUCCAAGAAAUCUCAAAAUUAAUUCAAGAUCGUAAAAAGAUUUAGAACUUGAUUUUGAAGGGCUCCCCAAAGCAUCAAGGAUUCAAAACACUUCAUUAAAACAAGAGCACAAGGAAUGACUAUUGCUAUACUAGGACCCACGUUUCAAGAUUUGGCAAGAAAUGUGAACCAAAAUAUGAGCAGCCUUUCUGAAAUAUUUGUGGGUCGCGCUUUGGGAUAUUUGGGUGGCUCUGUGAUUGGUGGAAUACUUUUUGACCAUAUGAAUCACUUUUUACUUUUAGGGCUGUCAGUAUUGGCUACUGCAGUUGGCCUUUAUCUUAUUCCUUUUUGCAAGAAAGCAGUAUUAUUGAUUGCCAUGAUGUCCGUCUUUGGUAUUUCGUAUGGCAUUAUGGAUACAGGUGGGAAUGUCCUUAUCUUGACUCUAUGGGGGGACGAAGGAGCCCCACAUAUGCAGGCCUUACACUUCAGUUUUGCCUUGGGUGCCUUUUUGACUCCUAUUCUGGCAAAACUGGCCUUGGGGACAACAGCAUCACCUGAAAACCACACAGAGCCUCACCUUCACCCUGCAGCCCUCAACCGAUCUCCUGAAGCCGACCCAGGCCUUCUGUUUGCAGCGCCUGAUGACUUGAACUUACUGUGGGCUUAUGCUGCUAUCGGCACUUACACCUUUGUAGUUUCUGUCUUCCUGUUUGCUCUGUUUUUCAUGAAAAGCUCGAAGCAUGAAAAAUCAACAGCGUCUGCUCAGGGAUCUCGAAGAGCUAAACAUCACAGGGCCCUGCUCUGCCUCCUUUUCCUCUUCUUCUUUUUUUACGUUGGAGCUGAGGUAACCUACGGCUCUUAUGUUUUCUCAUUUGCAACCACCCACAUUGGCAUGGAGGAGAGCGAGGCUGCUGGCUUGAACUCCGCCUUCUGGGGGGCCUUUGCAGCCUGCAGGGGCCUGGCAAUCUUGUUUGCCACAUGUUUACGGCCUGGAACCAUGAUUGUGGUGAGCAACAUUGGCAGCCUGGUGUCAUCUUUAUUUCUGGUGCUUUUUGACAAGAACCCACUUUGUCUGUGGAUAGCGAGCUCAGUGUAUGGGGCCUCGAUGGCCACCACCUUUCCCAGCGGUAUUUCUUGGCUUGAGCAGUACACCAGCAUAAGUGGGAAGUCUGCGGCUUUUUUUGUCAUUGGUGGUUCUCUGGGAGAAAUGGCUAUUCCUGCAGUAAUUGGAAUUCUUCAGGGAGAAUACCCAGGUUUGCCGGUAGUCCUGUACACGUGUUUGGGGUCAGCAACAUUCACUGCUGCAUUAUUCCCUGUGAUGUAUAAGUUAGCCACCUUGCCUCUGGAUCGCCAAGAGAAAGAAAACAGAAGGAGCAAGGACCAGAAAGCUUUGCCCUCUAAUUCUGGGCUAUGAGGAAGAGAAUGAAGGGAAGGUGCAGAAGAAUGCAAUGCACUGGAUUUGAAGUGGUUGAAGUAAAUGGUACACUGAGGCUUCUUCAACAUAGUAGGCAUCUAGAAAUAUUCUGAUGGCACCUAUGGCUGAGGUAUCCAACAGUUCAUCUCAGAUUAGGUGAAAUGUGAGUCUUCUCUAAUUAUUACUGGCAGUUUUCCUGUGAAUCACCUUGUUAGAAACCAGGACACAAUGGGCUAACACACAGAGAAGCUGGACUAUUUCCUGAUUUCACUGAAUAAUUGCCACUUCUAGGAGGUCAUUCAGAGAUGAGGAUUUAGCAGAUUUUCAGUAUGCUUUGAGGAUCCUGCAGUUUGCUUCCACUUGCAGCUAUCAUGCAAAAUGUUGUAUAAAUGUAAGUAUAGAAAUAACUUUUCUAUACAAUUUUUAAUUUUUUGGAAUUUAUAUACAUAAUCAGGUCAUAGAUAAUUCUAUUUAAAAUCUUUAAUGUAUUUUUAUUAUUUGUCUUUAUUAUUUUGGAUUAGUCUUAAUAUAAUUUAUCUAUAACACAACAGCUAUAGGAAAAGGAUAGAGAAACACAUACUUUUUAAAAUGCUGUUUCAGACUGUAGGUAGGCAUUUGGCUUAUUACAGUCUGCUCAAUAUCACCCGCACAAUGAGGAAAUGAACCCAAAGAAAGCUUAUGCCAAGCAUCUAGCUCAGACUUCCUUAUCCCGACUUCUAGAUUCUGAUCUGUAUUUUAGCAAGUGUUUAAGAUUUACCUGUGUUAGCCAAUGUACUCUGAGUAUUAAUGACAUUCUUUUCUUUGAAAACCUGUGCCAAAUAUUAUUAUGUUUAGGGGGAUUUGAUCCCAACUUUAUACUAAAUGAAUGGUUUACUAUCUUGUGUUCCUUUGCUUAUGAAGUUGGAGUUCAUGCCUUGAAAUGACUGAUCUCAAUCCUCUGCCUUGGAAGUAGAUGGUAUAUACUCAGGGAACCUUUAGCUGAAGGUGAUCUCUCACGUUCCUGGCCUCUCUGCCUCUCUGUGUGACUGUUCUGCCCUCCUAACUCCCCUAGAAGGAAUUCCAGAAGGAAUCUGUGUGAUCUAGGUAGAUUCCAUUGCCCUGCUGGUGCUAGCGCAUCAGCACAUGGCUGGGCUUGACUUGGUUUGAUGCUGUUGCUCCCUUCCAGGUUUGGCCACCUUAUCCUCCAACCCCAACUGAUCAGGAGGAUUGGGGAUUUAAAAUCCAAAGAGAACUUCCACUGCCAUGUCUAUACAAGACUAGUACUAGGCUCCAUGAAUCUUGAGGGUGCUAAAUAGGACUGGCAGACACUGGGACUGACAGCAUAGGUUGCUCUUUGCAACUGGAAUAGAAAACACCAACUCCCAGAAAAUGAUAAAUGUUUUACAGAGUCUAUUAGACUUGUUAGAGAACUGCUUGGCUUUUUUUAAGAAAAGAAAUUGCUGUCCUAUUAGGGUGUUAUUUGUACUUGAAACAGCUGUAAGUGAAUUUCCUAUCUGCAGAGGUGCUCUUACAUGCUCAACUCUGGAUUAGAAAAUUUCCCAGAGCAUGUAUUUCAGUCGUUUAACAUAUGUCCCCUGAACAUUUACCAUGUUCACCAAUCAGUGCCCUGGGAAUAAAACAGGACAGCUGCUGUUUCCUUUCACCGAGUAAAACUCAUGUUUUACUCUUUCAGGUAAGGUUUGAUAGCCACCACUCUAUUGCUGAAGAGCCAAGAAAGCGUUUUGCAAUCAUUUCCAUGCAGUCCUAGUAAAGCACAGUAUCUGAGUUCUCCUGGUCCCUUGAUGUGUGUUUGUGUAUGCAUAUUUCCAGAUGUCUCUGAUGUUUUACUUAUACAGUAAUUUGGUAAAUAUAAUUAACCUGGUGCAGAUACGGUUAAUAUGGCUAAAGCCUGCCUAAGAAACCUGCAGCUGGAGAAAAGUAAGAAGGGAAAAGAUAUAUAUCAGACAAUUAUACUAGUAAUCUGUGUUAGCUAGACAAAAAGAAUGGUUUGUGCUUUCAUGGUUUGAUCAUUUUUAAUGCCUCUAUCUUGUAAUCUGAGUAACUACUUUGAAGACAACAAUACCCAAUAUAUUAACCAUUAUUAACCUAUUAUUUUGUUUUAGAAUUGUGUAUCAUUUUUAUGCUUUUUUCAUUUUAAAAUAAAAAGAAUAAAUCCUGCAACAAA